AUGGCAGUUUGCAGCCUUUCCUUAAAUCUAGGCAGUUCGGAAAGCUGCAAAACACUAGAACAAAAUUUUAUCUUCCAAAUCGGCACUCUUAAUCCCUACGGUAUUAACGAGCGCUUUUCGUUUGGCUAAUUUAUUCUUUUUUUCUUGUCACCAUACACCCACCAAUAACGUAGCUCCACUUUCUGCCUCUAAACCCACACACAACCCACAAUCCCUCCAGUCACUCUGACGAAGGGUUGACGCUCGAAACGUCAGCUUUUUUACUCUUAACGGUGGCCAAUCUACGUUUUCAACUCAGUUGUUAACACUAAGUUACUUGCUAUACUCUCCCACCGACGCAGUACUACAGUUUCUUUAGAAAAUUACCCCCUUUAUUAUUUCAGGAAAGAGCUCAUUAACCCGCGACGAGCGACUACGACAAAAAUUGAAGUUUUGUUACUUCCUUUUGAGUUUCGUGCAAAACUUUUGUACUCGUUGCGAGGCCCUUUUGUAUUUUGUCUUCUACAAAAAAUAGAAGAACCUAAAUGUUAAUUAGCUGUUUGCGUUUACCAUAACAAAAUGUGCCUCUAAUGAAUGGUACUAAUUAGAAAAAUCGUACGUGCUAAAAACCCGUGCAGCUAUACGAGCCACUCAGGGAAGACUGAGCUCAAUGACCCAUGACGAAUGACUACGACAAAAAAUGAAGUUUUGUUACUCCCUUUCAGUUUCGUGCAAAACUUUUGUACUCGUUGCGAGGCCCUUAUGUCUUUUGUCUUAGAAGAAAAAUAGGAGAACCCAGAUGUUAAUUUGCCGUUUGCGUUUACCACAACAAAAUGUGCCUCUAAUGAAUAGUGCUAAUUAGAAAAAUCAUACGCGCUAAAAACCCGUGCAGUUAGACGAGCCAUUCAGGGAAGAACUCAAUAACCCACGUGCACGCAUAAGUUUUAAAGGGCGCACUUUUUGAAAUUAUCACAAGAUUAUAUAAAUUCUUCUUCAGUCAUUAAUUCUUGUCACAAUUUUAGCCCUUACACAGUGUUUUUUUCCUCGGAAACCUUCUUUCGUUUCUCGUUUUGUCAAACUUAACAUCACUUAUCAUUUCUGGCAACGGACGGAAGCAGGUAAGCGUUUAAAGACGCUUAUAUUAACAAGUAAGUCUGUGUAAACUAUAAUUCCAAAAGAAGCCAAGCCAUUAACAAAUUCAAGAGGUCGAAGCCUCGUUUUAUCAAAUCCUUUAAUUCUUUCCAGUCGCUCGUAUUUCUGCCCAGAAGCUGUCAAUUACUUCGCAGUGGAAAUUCGGUAAAAUUUCCGCACAGCCUUGUACUCUUGUAAAACAAAUCUGUUCUCCCACUGUCAAUUUAUUAUUUUUGUCAUUUUUCUCUCUAUCCAAGAACUGAAUGCAUAAUGUAGUAUGGAGCUGUGCGGAAUUUUUACCAGAAUUUCUCUGCGUAAUUUUUUUGCAAAGUCGGCGAACUUGACAUUGUCGCGCGGAGGACCAUUGCUAAUCUUUCAUCUUCUUGGCUGAAAUUCCGCGUUAACAAUGUGGCGAAAGCGUGGUUCUUGCUCUUAAAUUUAAAUUAGUUACAAGUUUGAAGCGAAACUCGGAGUCUAAAGUAAUGCAUAUUAAUUUUGUGACUAUAUUUAUAGCUUGUUCAUAGAGGCAUUAGUUUUGAACAUUGUACGUAAUAUAGAGAUGACGAGUGAAUUAAGGAAAUAUUUCAGUUGACUUCCAAAGCAGAUUACGAGAAUUUUCUUCGUCUCAACUCUUAAAUUCCAAGACCAGAUCGUCAAUUCUCCCUUUUGGCUGCCAAACAUUUCCUUCCAAUUGGUUGCAAGAAUUUGAUAUCAGAUCAAGAUAACAACAUCUGGGAGAUAAAUUGAAAUAUUCUCAUAACCUGUUUGCUGGAUAAUGUAUGAAUAAUAUAGGGAGAAGUUACAUGUUAAUCACUUCUUAGAGUUCAAGAGUUAACCGCUCGUUAUGAAAAGUGAAAAAUUAAGUUCACACUUCUGGUUUUUUUCUUUUUAAUCCAAACAUCUGAAUACGGUUUUUACUCAAAGGUUUGUAAAUAUUCUGAUAUUUUAGACAAAAAGCCCCUUUUUCAAAGCAGGUGUUGAUUUUUGGGCAUUUAAGACAAAAAGCCCUUUUCUUUACUUAGUUGCAUUUAUAAAUUCAAAUCUUGUUUACACGAUUGGCUGCUAUCUCCACUAUUUGCAUAAGAUUUUGCCUGUCUGUUUGCUUCUUUUCUGGGCUUGAAAUGACGCGAUAAUCUGCAAAUGUAUAAAUUCAAUUCUACAAUAAGAUUCUCCAAAUUUCGCAAGGAAAAAUUAAGGUACGCCUCGACGUUUACAUACCAUGACUCUAGAUGAAACUGAUGUUUGGCAAUAUGAAGGGAGCUUCGUUCUUAGACAAGUCAUUUUUUGGGUAAUUUUUAAAAACCUAUUGUUACUAACAUUUAAUUUCUCGUUACAUUACUACCCCUUAAUCACAAAUUAAGGUCACACACAUAAGAAGAAAGGAAUUAAUCACCAACAAACGAAGCUCAUGAUAGUUGAACAGGCUCUCCUUAAGAAAUGUGUAGAGAACAGUGUUGAGAAUAAAAACACUGAUGUAAAGGUGUGAAGGGUCUAGGAUUAACUCGAUCUAAACAGUUUUUCCAAUCUUAUUACUCCCGAAGGUUACUCUGGAAAGAUGACUUGGAUUUAUCGCAUGUUGACCAACCAAGUUUUGCAAUGUUUCAGUAAAGUGUCUGACAGAAAAUCCUUAUGCAGUUCUUCUGACAUGUGCGAUGGUUGCGAACUCAGAAUGUGAUUCUUUUGCAAUGUUUUCCACUUCACAAUGGGCCACGAUGUUUUCACGUAUUAUUUAUUUCAGCAAUAUCUUUCUCAUUUAGACUUCUACGACACACUCCAGUCCAAACACCGCUCACUCCAUUCCAGUCUAGCUAGUCCAGUUCACUCAACCUCAAUCCCGCUCACUUCAUUUCAGUAGAGUCCAGUUCAUUGUGAAUUUAGUCCAAAACGUAGCGUCCAGUUCCAUGCAGUCCAGUACGACCCGCUCCAGUCCUCGCCAUCCCUUUCCAUACGGUCCAGUCCAUCAUCACAAGACAUGUGUUGACUCUCGUUACCUCAUGGACGGGAAAGCGUGGUGAAGAAAAGGGCCAACGCUGGGUUUUUUCUUCUCUUCCUUUCUGUUGCAUACGCGAAGGCUGGGAACAGAUCUGUUAGAAGACGCUGAUGUCCUGCCGGUUAGUGAGAUUCUGUGUAGGUUGGGAUGAAGAGAGGGUUAAGAAAUAGUGCCCUGGUCAAACCAUAAAAUCCAAAUUCUACCGGAAGUUUUCUGCUUAUGAUUCGGCUCAAAGUAGUUAAAGUAAAGAAUUUAGCCAGCUUAGUUUGCUGGUCCCCUUUAGGUUGGGCGAGGUCCUCCCUCCAAAUUUUUUUUCUCAAGGUUUUUUUUUCUUUCAAUCGAAUACUGUUCAGCAUAUUUCCGGUUUGGAUCGUCACUUCUUCGUCGCUUCGGUUUGUCACAAUAUCAGCUUCAUUUAUAUUUUAGCUCUUCAUCAACAGGUCUUUUGGUGUUCAUAUGCAUCAGUUGCUCAUCGAAUUUAGCGCACGUCAUCCCUCAUGGUUACUCCGACUGCGGCCAAUUACAUUUUCAGUUUUAGUUGAUUGAGGGGAUCUUAAACACCGUGAUCGAGUAAGACUGUUUAACAUGAAAAAAAGUUUGGCUCGAAGGUUCAACUAGAUUUUAACGUUAUUAUUGGAAAUCGGAUAAUUAAGUAAUUCAGCUGAGACAGCAGAUUGGAACUGAAAAUUAGUCUUAGAGAAAAGGUUAUGCAUGCAUUGAUGAAAAUUGACAUCGUGUUGCCUUCAGAGUUCGGCUUCACCUUCGGUUCGAAUUUCACUUCGGCCUCUCGUUCGGCCUUUCGGAACUUGUUCGGAUUUUCAGUUCGGAAUACAAAGGCAAUGGGAAGAGAGUGAAAGUUGUUAGCAAGUUGAUAUAAAACAGAAAGCACCGUCUGGCACACUGUAUCUUCAAAUCAUCGGGAUGCCGGCAUUACUGACACGGAACAUUCGGAGUUUAGUGGACUCCAAAUUUUUCGUCUAGAGUGCGCGUCCCUCCUGCUGGGAUCUGUGGAGCAAUCUCGUAAAAUCUAAGUUAAUUUAUUGAUGUAAUAUGGUAUUAUAAAUGAAAUGCCAAACCCGAUUGUCUCUGUGUUCUAUAUUUUUGGGAUACGCAAAUUUAUAUGAUUUAUCUUUCGCGGCGCCCUGUGUAGAUUUCUGUCUCAAGAAUUUAAUUAAGAUGCGAGCGUCUCCGUGUCUUUUCUUUAUCAAGAAACUAGUUUCUAAUCUCACUAACGCAAUUUCAAAUGCAGGAGCUUAAUACUGGCCUAUUUCGGAGGCUUGAAUUGCCAAUUUCGAAAAAGCCCCGGAAGCAAAGUCACCUUGGUGUUAACUAUGCAUUCGCCCAUUUUCGGAGGGUUUGGAAGUGUCUUACAUUUGGCCAAAGUCAUCCAUUGACGAGUCAAGAGUGUCCUUGCGGCUUUCAGGUUUAGGAUUUCAAAGCUUCACGCUGUCCAUUUUCGGAAACUCACAAAAACUUUUCAACAUUUUUUCUUUGAGUUUCCCAUAUCUGCGGCUCAACCUAGGCCUGUUUUCAGGGCUGUACAUCACUGAGACAGUAAGUCAAGAAUUAUCAUAAUUUUGACAUAUCGAUCUGUUUAAGAUGGGUUUCUUCGCUUGAUAAUUCAAUAAGCGUAAACCUAAUAAGUUGAAAUAAACAAAAACAAUGGGUCAAUAAAAUAAUAAUAUUUGCAGAAUAUUAAAAUAUGGUACCACGUUGUCUUAAAAGUUUUCAAGUAUUUUUUCUCAUAAGACUCAGUUUUCCCAAGACACGAGCAACCACAGCGUUGUUAGUGAAUCAUGGCAGAAUUUGUAACACUGGGAUAUCAGUAGAGCAGGACAGGAAUGAAUAAUCGUAACAACAAGCUGAGCAACAGCUGCGAGGAGAACCCAGAGCUAGGACAUAACCACAGGUACGUUAAAUUUCUGAGUGAUGAGCUAAAAGCUAAUCAAAGCAGAUUGUCUUCCUCUUACAAAAGUACUGCUUGGUAUAGUGUAGUAUAGUAUUGAAGUUAAAGCUGGGAAAUCAGUAGAGCAGGACUAGCGUGAUUCAUAAAAUGAUAGCCAUAACAACAAGCUGAGCUACAACAGCGAGGAGAAUCCAAAGUUAGGACAUAACCACAGGCACGUUAAAUUUUUUCCAUUUAAGAGCUUGAGACAUUUUAAAUUUCUGCAGCUCCAGAUAAGCUCAUUUUCAGAGGCUUUGCAUUACUGAGAGGGUAAGUAAAGAAUUGUAACGUUGUGAUACUAACCUGUGUAAGAUGGGUUCGUUCGCUGAUAGGAAAACCCUAAUGCGUUGGAUAGAGCAGUUGGAGGAAAAUGUUAUGGUCGAUCAGCACCACAGGUCAUCUGAAAGAGAUAAGGCCGGCAUCUUUUGAUUGCAACAAGUUUUGCUAGAAUUUUUCUUUUCAGAUGACCUCGUGGCUCACUUUGGAUCACGUCAUAAAGAAGUAGCACAUCGAGCGCUUUAAAGGUAAUAUGUAAUCAUUUAUAACAAUUCCUUUCUUCAGGAUUAUCUGAAAUUUUCUGUUUACAGAAUCUCUUAGGUGGCUUUCUGAUUAAUUGGUUUGAUGACAACGUUUCACAACUAACAAUGUGGCGUGUUGAAUAUUUUAACACGUUUUAGUCUCUCAACAGUUUUCUGUUUUCAGUGAAAAAAAACUAGUGUUUUUAAACGAGGUCCAAUCAGCAGCCUAUCAGAAAGGUCACAGAUGACGAUUAAGUAUUCAGUUAAGGUGCAGUUCAAGAACAACUAACACGAUUUCCGUUGUUAUUUGUUUCGUAUGCUCAAAACACGAAUUGUCUUAAAAAAAGGACACUGAAACUAGCUUCAUAAUAUAAUUGCAUUUAGUAAAUCUUUUCUCUAAUCAUCAGUUUAUUAUCAGUCUUUAUCAGCAGUCUUUUGCAUACAAGUAAAGUGUAAAUUAAUGUUGUGCCGUCAACUAAAUUGCAAUUUAGGCAAUCCAGACCAAUCCUUUUAGGUUAUUUCCAGUGCUGUGCAAAGCUCUCAUAUGUGUUCUUGUCCAGUGGGGUAAAUUCACGUGCAGCGCAGCACAGUCUUUAUCAGUUUCAUUUGGAAACAUACAAUGCAGUUUAGUGCAGAUCAGUCUAGUGAGGUGCAAUGAACUGUCUGUCCUGUAGCGCACUUUCCGAUGCAUUCCAGGGCAUUGCAGUGUAGUGUCGUCUGCUAAAGUCAAUCUCGGGCUAAGACAAUCCAGUCCAGUGAAAUGUAGUGCCGCCCAGUUCAUUCCUCUCAAGUGCCGUCCGGCUCAGUCUGCUCCAGUCCAGUCUACUCCAGUCCAUUCAGUGGAGUCUGUGCCCGUCCAGUCCAGUCCCGUCCCAUCCACUCCUGUUCGCUCCCGUCCAAUUCCAUUCAGUCCCUUCCAGUUAAGUACAUUUGAAUCCAGCGUAGCCCAGGUCCAUAUAAGUCAGAAGCAGUCGAGUCUAGUCCAGUCAAGUGCAGUGCAGAGUAGUGCAAUCCGUAACAGCUCAGUCCAGUCCAGAACAACUAACUGCUGUCGAGUCUAGCACAUUGCAGUCCUGCUCAGUCGAGUUAGGAACAACCUAUUGCGUUGCGGCCCCAUUGGUCGAAUGAGGUGCUAUUCGGAGAAGCCCACAUUUAAGCCCAAUUAAGUGUAUUUCAGUCCAGUCUUCUCUUCAGUUGUCACACCGACACAAUGAAGAGCGUCUACUUGAUUGUCGUAUACAGAUCUUUUUAAUGAUACCUUAAUAAAACCUACACCUAAUAACUUAACAAUAAAAAAGUAAUUGAUCAAUAAAAGAUAAAAAAAACGCAUGAAUUGUAUCUUAAUAACUGAUAACAUUGAUUUAUUCCUAAAGAACUGAGGAAAUGAUGAAUUAAUAGGGAGAGGAAUAAAUAUGUAAAUAAAUUGAUAUAAAAAUACGUUGAUAGAUAGAUAGAUUGUUAAAUAAAUACAAUUUUAUCGUACGGUCAAUUUACUAACCAUCUUUUUGCAGAAUAUUGAUAUACAGUAACACGUCGUCUUGAAAGUUUGCAAGUAUUUUUUUACUAACAAGACUCAGUUUUCCCAUGACACCAGCUGACCUUUGGAAAGACACCAGCAAUCAGUGUCGUUAAUCAUUUAUGUUUGAAUUUGCAACACUGGGAUAUUAGAAGAGCAGGACUGGAAUGGAUAAUUAUAACAACAAGCUAAGCAACAGCUGCGAGGAGAAUCCAAAGCUAGGACAUAACCACAGGUCCGUUCAAAAUUUGAGUUAUAGAUUAAAAGCUAGUCGAAGCGGAUUGUCUUCCUCUUACAAAAAGUACUACAUAGUAAGGUAGGACAGUAUUGACGUUAAAGGACGAAUAUAAGUAGAGAAGGAGUGGAGUGCUUCAUAAAAAGAUAGUCAUAACAACAAGCCGAGCUACAACAGCGAGUAGAAUCCAAACCUAAGACAACCACAGGUAACUUAAAUUUCUGAGUAAUGGAUUAAAGGCUAGACGAAGUGGAUUGUCUUCCUCUUACAAAAGUACUACAUAGUAUAGUAUAGUACAGUAUUGAAUUUAACGCUGGAAUAUUAGUAAAAAAGGACUGAAGUGCUUCAAGAAAAGAUAGCCAUAACGACAAGCUGAGCUAAAACAGCGAGGAGAAUCCAAGGCUAGGACAUAACCACAGAUAAUUAAAUGUAUCAGUAAAGGAAGUCUAAUCUAUUCUAGUCUAGUGUAGGAGUUAAGGUUGCCUCGAGUGUGCCAGAAUUAACAUAAAAGAAGAGCGGGCCUUUUUUUCCAUUUAAGAGCUUGAGACAUUUAAACUUUCUACAGCUCAAGAUAAGCUCAUUUUCAACAGCUUUGCAUCACUGAGAAGGUAAGUAAAGAAUUGAAACAAUGUAAUACUAACCUGGUUAAGAUGGGUUCGUUGGCCGAUAGGAAAACCCUGAUGCGUUGCAUAGAGCAGUUGGAGGGAAAAGUUAUGGUCUAUCAGCACUACAGGUCAUCUGGAAGAGGCAAGGCUGACAUGUUUUGAUUGCAACAAGUUUUGUUAGAUUUUUUCUAUUCAGCAUGACCUUGUGGCUCAGUUCGGAGCAGAGCUGGACUGGAGUGCUUCCUGAAAAGAUAGCCAUGACCACAAGCUGAACUACAACAGCGAGGAGAAUCCAUACCUAGGAGAGGUAUGUUAAAUUUCUCAGUAAAGGAAGUAAUUGUAACAAUGUGAUACUAACCUUUGAAAGAUGGGUUCGUUGCCUGAUAGGAAAAUUCUGAUGCUUUGCAUAGAGCAGUUGGAGGUAAAAAGUGAUGGUCGAUCAGCACUACAGGUCAUCUGGAAGAGGCAAGGCUGACAUGUUUUGAUUGCAACAAGUUUUGUUAGAUUUUUUCUAUUCAGCAUGACCUUGUGGCUCAGUUCGGAGCAGAGCUGGACUGGAGUGCUUCCUGAAAAGAUAGCCAUGACCACAAGCUGAACUACAACAGCGAGGAGAAUCCAAACCUAGGAGAGGUAUGUUAAAUGUCUCAGUAAAAGAAGUAAUUGUAACAAUGUGAUACUAACCUUUGAAAGAUGGGUUCGUUGCCUGAUAGGAAAAUUCUGAUGCUUUGCAUAGAGCAGUUGGAGGUAAAAAGUGAUGGUCGAUCAGCACUACAGGUCAUCUGGAAGAGGUAACACCGACAUGUUUUGAUUGCAACAAGUCUUGUUAGAUUUUUUCUUUUCAGCAUGACCUCGUGGCUUGGUUCGAAUCAGAGCAGGACUGGAGUGCUUCAUAAAAGAUAACCACAAGCUGAACUACGACAGCGAGGAGAAGCCAGACCUAGAACAUAACCACUGGUACCUUAAAGUUCUGAGCAAUGGAUUAAAGGCUCGUCGAAGCAGAAAAGUAUUUAUCAGUGUAGUAUAGUAAAGAAUUAAAUUUGAAGCUGGGAUAUCAGUGAAACAGGACUUUAGUGCUUCACGAAAAGAUUGCCAUAACAACAAGCUGAGCCACAACAGCGAGGAGAAUUCAAGGCUAGGACAUAACCACUGGUGUGUUAGAUGUCUCGGUAAAGGAAGUGCAGUAGUAUAGUCUAGUCUAGUGUAGGGGUUAAGGUUGUCUCGCGUUUGCCAGAAUAAAUAGAAAAAAGAGCGGGCCUUUUAUUCGAUUUGAGAAUUUGAGGUAUUCUCAUCUUGUGCACCUCAAAAUAAGUUCAUUUUCAGCAGCUUUCCAUCACUGAGAAGGUAAGUAAAGAAUUGUAACAAUGUAAUACUAACCUGUGUAAGAUGGUUUUAUUGGCUGAUAGGAAAGCCCUGAUCGCAUGAUCCGUUGCGUAGAGCAGUUGGAAGAAAAAGUUAUGGUCGAUCAGUACUGCAGGUCAUCUGAAAGAGCUUGGGCUGGCAUGUUUUGAUUGUAGCAGGUUUUGUUUGAUAUUUUCUUCUCAGCAUGACCUCGUGACUCAGUUCGGAUCAGAGCAGGACAAGAGAGCUUCAUAAAAAGAUACCCAUAACCACAAGGUAAGCCAGAAGAGCGAGGAGAAUCCAAACCUCUGACAUAACCACAGGUACGUUAAAUUUCUGAAUGAAUUGAAAGUUAGUCGAAGUGGACUGUCUUCCUCUUAGUAAAGUACUUCAUAGUACAGUAUAGUAUAGCAUUUAAUUUAAAGUUGGAAUAUCGGUAUAGCAGGAAUGGAGAGCUUCAUGACAAGAUGGCCAUAACAACAAGCUGAGUUACAACAGCAAGGGGGAAUCCGAAGCUAGGACAUAUCUACAGGUAUGUUAGAUUUCUGAGUAAUGGAAGUAUAGUAUAGUAUAGUCUAGUCUAGUAAAGGAGGUAAUGUAGUCUCGAGUUUUCUAGAAGUAAUAUAAAAGAAGAGCGGGCCUUUUUUUCGAUUUAAGAGCUUGAGACUGUAACUUGCUUGCAGCUCAAAAUAAGCCCAUUUUCAGCGGCUUUGCAUUACUGAUAAGGUAAGUAAAGAAUUAUAACAAUGUGAUACUAACCUGUGGAAGAUUGGUUCGCUGGCUGAUAGGAAAACCAUGAUCCAUUUCAUAGGGCAGCUGGAGGAAAAGGUUAUUGUCGAUCAGCACUACAGGUCAUCUGAAAGGGGUAAGGCCGGCAUUUUUUGAUUGCAACAAGUUCAUAGAUUUUUUCUUUUCAGCCUGACCUCGUGGCCCACUUCGGAUUACGUCAUAAACAAAUAGCACAUCGAGCGCUUCAUAGGUAAUAUAUUAUCAUUUGUAAGAAUUAUUCUUUCUUUUAGACUAUCUGAAAUUUUCUGUUUACAGAAAUUUUUAGGUGGCUUCCUGAUUAACUGGUUUAAUGACGAUGUUUCACCACUCACAAUGUGACGUGUUUCAUAUUUCAACACCUUUUUGUCUCUUAACAGUUUUCUAUUCUCAGUGGAGAAAAACUAGUGUUUUUAAACAACGCCCAGGCAGCAGCCCAUCAGAAAGGUCUCAGAUGACGAUUAAGUGUAAGUAUUCAGUUAUGGGACAAUUACAGGACAACUAAAACGACAUCCAUUGUUACAUAUUUCGGGUGCUCAAAAGACGAAUUGUAUUGAAUCAUUGAAACUAAAUCUAGCUUCAUAAGAGAAUUUUUAUCUACUUCAUCUUUUCUCAGAACAUCAGUAUAUUAGCAGUCUUUAGUCAAGUGUAGAUUAAUGUAUUGCCAUCAACUCCAUUGUAGUUUAAGCAAUCCAGAACAGUCUUUUAAAUUUACUUCCAGUGCUGUACAAGUCCAGUGAAGUACAUUCAUGACAGUGAAGUACAGUCUAUAUCAGUUUCAUUUAGAAACGUGCAAUGCAGUUCGGUGCAGAUCAGUCUAGCGAUCAGACUGUCCUGUAUGGUACUUUCCAGUUCAAUCCAGGGUACUGUAGUGCAGUCUAAUGGAGUCUGGUGAAUUCAAGCUCAGGCUUAGACAUUCUUGUCCAGUGAAGUGCAGUGCCAUCCAGUUCAGUCCUCCGAAGUGCUGUCCGACUCAGUCUAGUCCAGUCCACUCCGCUGACGUGUACUCCGGUCCAGUCCACCGAGUGAAGUCUGUGUCCGUCCAAUCCACUCCCGUCCCGUUCAAUUCUGUUCGUUCUCAUCCAAUUCCAUUCAUUCCCUUCCAGCUAAGUACAUUUAUAUCCAGCAUAGCCCAGGUCCAUAUAGGUCAACAAAAGUCGAGUCUAGUCCAGUAAAGUGCAGUGCAGAGUAGUGCAAUCCGUAACAGCUCAGCCCAGUCCUGUCCCGUCCAGUCCAGAACAACUAACUGCCGUUAAGUUUAGCACAACGCAGUCCUACUCAGUGAGGUUAGGAACAACCUAGUGCAUUGCAGCCCGUCCAGUCGAGAAAAAGGCUAUUCCGAAAAGUCCACAUUUAAGCCCAGUUAAGUGUAUUACAGUCCACAUUUGUCUUCAGUUGUCACACCAACACAAUGAAGAGCGAAUAAUUACGGCAUUGUCGUAGACAGGUCUUUUUUAAUGAUACCUUAAUAAAAGUAUACCUAAUAACUUAAAAAAAAAAACCAAUUGAUAAAUAAUAAAAGAUGAAAUAAAGAGAUAUAUCUCAAUAACUGAUAACUAAUUAAUUCUUGAAGAACAAAAGAAAUGGUGAAUUCAUAGGGAGAUGAAUAAAGAUGUGAAUAAAUUGAUAUAUUAAUAAGUUAAAAAUAGUUACGUUGUUAAAUAAAUACAAUUUUAUCGUAUGGUCAAUAUACUAACCAUCUUUUUGCAGAACAUUAAAAUAUAGUACCACAUUGUCUUAAAGGGUUGCAAGCAUUUUUUUCUCACAAGACUCGGUUUUACCAAGACCCCAGCAAUCACAGGGUCGCUGGUGAUUCAUGGCUGAAUUUGCAACACUGAAAUGUCAGUACAGCAGGACUCGAACGGAUAAUCGUAACAAGAAGCUGAGAAAGAACUGCAGGGAGAAUCCAAAGCUAGGACAACCACGGGUACGUUAAAUUUCUGAGUAAAAGAUUAAAAGCUAGUCUAGUCCAACCCUAUCCCUAAUCAAAAUAACUACAUAGUAUAGUGUAGUAUUGAAGUUAACUCUAGGAUAUCAGUAGAGCAGGACUGGAGUGCUUCAUAAAAAGAUAGUCAUAACGACAAGCUGAGCUACAGCAGCGAGGAGAAUUCAAAGCUAGGACAUAACCACAGGUACGUUAAAUUUUUAGUGAUUCAUGACUGAAGUGUAGUCUAGUCUAGUCUUGUGUAGGAGUUAAGGUUGUCUUGAGUUUGCCAGAACUACUAUAAAAGAAGAGCGGCCUUUUUUUAUUUCAGAGCUUGAGAUAUUUUCACUUUCUGCAGCUCAAGAUAGGCUCAUUUUCAGCGGCUUUGCAUCACUGAGAAGGUAAGCAAAUAAUUGAAACAAUGCGAUACUAACCAAUGUUAUAGGAUGGGUUUGUUCACUGAUAGGAAAACCCUGAUGCGUUGCAUAGAGCACUUGGAGGAAAAAGUUAUGGUCGAUAAGUACUACAGGUCAUCUGAAAGAGGUAAGGCCAGUAUGUUUUGAUCGCAACAAGUUUUAUUGGCUUUUUUCUUUUCAGAUGACCUCGUGGCCCACUUUGGAUCAGAGCAGGACUUGACUCAUUCAUAAAAAUAUAGCCAUAGCAAGAAGCUGAGCUACAACAGCGAGGAGAAUCCAGACCUAGGACUUAACCACAGGUUUGUAAAAUUUCUGAGUAAUGGAUUAAAGGCUAGUCGAAGCAGAUAAAACUUCUUCUUAGAAAAGUACUACGUAGUACAACAUAGUAUAGUAUUGAAUUUAAAGCUGGAAUAUCGGUAGAGCAGGACUGAAAUGCUUCACAAAAACAUUGCCAUAACAACAAGCUGAGCUAAAACAUCGAGGAGAAUCCAAAGCUAGGACAGAACCAAAGGUAUGUUAAUUUUCAGCGGAUUGGAAGUAUAGGAUUGUUUAGUCUGGUCUAGGGAAGGAGCUAACGUCGUCUCGAGUUUGCCAGAAUUAAUAUAAAAAUAAGCUGGCCUUUUUUACAAUUUUAGAGCCUCAGACAUUUUAACUUUCUGCAGCUCAAGAUAAGCCCAUUUCCAGGGACUUUGGAUCUCUAAGAAGGUAAGUAAAGAAUAAUAACGUUGUGAUACUAACCUGUGUGAGAUUAGUUUGUUCGCUGAUAGGAAAAUGCUGAUGCGUUGCAUAGAGCAGUUGAAGGAAAAGGUUAUGAUCGAUCAGCACUACAGGUCAUCUGAAAGAGGUAAGGCCGGCAUGUUUUGAUUGCAACAAGUUUUGUUCGAUUCUUUCUUCUCAACAUGACCUCACAGCUCACUUGGGGUCACGUCAUAAACAAGUAGCGCAUCGAGCGCUUCAUAGGAAAUAUUUAAUCAUUUGUAAGAAUUAUUCUUUCUUCUGGACUAUCUGAAAUUUCCUGUUUAAAAAACUUUUUACGUACCUUCCUGAUUAAUUUCAACACUUUUUUGUCUCUUAAACUUUUUCUCUUUUCAGUGGAGAAAAACUAGUGUUUUUAAACAAGGCCCAAUCAGCAGCCCAUCAGAAAGGUUACGGAUGACGAUUAAGUGUAAUUAUUCAGUUAUGGGACAAUUCAAGGACAACUAACACGAUAUCCAUUGUUACAUAUUUCGUAUGCUCUAAACACGAAUCGUCUUAGAUAAUUAGAAUAGUUUUUAUGGCAAAAUAAGUGAAAUUAUUACUCGUGUCUAAGUAUUAUAUAGUAGGAUAGAGCAGAGUAUAGUAUAGCAUAGUUUAGUAAUGUUCACUAUCGUAUAGUAUAGGAGUUAGUGCGGUCUGAAAUUUAAUAGAAAGAAUAGAAAAAAGAUUUGGAAGGUUAAAAUAUUUUUAAAUUAUUGCAGCUCAAGAUAAGCCCAUUUUCGGGAGCUGUGCAUCUCUGAGUUGGUAAGUGAAGAAAUAUUAUAAUAUUAUGAUACUAACCUGAGUAAGAUGGGUUGCUUUGCUGAUAGAAAACCCUGAUGCGUUGAACUACGACGUUGGAUAAAAACUUAGUAUCUAUUAACUCUGCAGAUCAAUCUAAUAGGAGGUAAGACCGGCAUGUUUGAUUGCAACAAGUUUUGUUAGGCUCUUUUUUUUUUUAGCAUGGACUCGUAACUCACUCCGGAUUACAUCAUAACUAAGUAGGGCAUUGCACACUUUAAAGGUAACAUAGAAACAUUUGUAAGAGUUAAUCUUUGUUCUGGACUAUCUGAAAUUUUCUGUCUAUAGAAUUAGUGAGGUGGCUUCCCGUCUCAUCGCUUUGCUGUCAGUGUUCAAUAAUUUACAAGGUGACAGGUUUAAUAUUUCAAUCCUUUUUUAUAUUCUGAAAGUUUUCUUUUCAGAAAAGAAAAGCUAUCAAUGGGUAGUGCUUUUAAACAAAACCCAGUUAUCCAAUCAGCAGCCCAUGGGAAUGGUCACAGAUGACGAGUUAGUGUAAGUAUUAACUCAGGGGACAAUUCAAGGACAACUUGCAUGAUUUCCAUUGUUGCGUUUCAUGUGCUCGAAACGCAAAUUAUCUUAAAUAUGUGCGACUAGCACUAGCUUUAGAAAAUAUGAUUUAGUGGAUCUUUUCUAAAUCCUUAGUAUAUUAUCAUUCUUUCUUAGCAGUCUUUUAAAUUCAAGUUAAGUGCAGUACCAUUAACUCUAUCGCAAUUUGGGCAAUCCAGAACAAUCCUUUCAAGUUAAGUCCAGUGCUAUGCAAACUAUCCUGUAUGGUGAUUUCCAGUUCAGUCCAAGACAGUGCAGUGUAAUGCAGUCUGGUGAAGUCAAGCACAGUCUAGUGCAGUCAAGUGCAGUGCUGUCUGGUCCAUUCCAGUCAAGUGGCGCUCACUACAAUCCAGUCCCGUCCACUUAAGUGAAGUCCUAUACACGCAAGUAGAUUGCAGUGUAUUUCCAUCCGGAACAGCCUAAGUCCCUAAAUGCCAACUGAAACAGUCCAGUCCAGUCUAGUUCCGCCCACUGAAGUACACUACGGGGUAUAUCAAUCUGGAGUGCAAUGUCAAGAGCAAUGCAUUUCCGCUGAGUCAAGUGAAGUACAACCUACGAUAGUGUAGUGCCGUCCAUUAGAGUAAACUGCCAUUCAGAAAAGGCCACAUGCAUGUCGAAUUCAGUACAGUUUAGUGCAGUCCAGUUCAGUGUAGUCCAGUUCAGUGCAGUCCAGUCCAGUCACAUCAGCCCAAUGAAGUGUCUACAAAUCCUGUGGGAGGGGGGGAGUUUCUCUAAAUGAUAGCUAAUAAAAGUGUACCUAAUAACUUGAAAUACACAAAUAAAAUCGAUGAAUAAAAAAAUGAAUUAAAGAAAUAAAAUAAAUCGUAAUAACCACUAACAGUGAUCAGUUCUCAGCUAAAUUCCUAAGAAGAUAAAGAAAUAAUGACUGAGUAGGAAGAUGAAAAAAUGUGUAAAUAAAUUAAUAAAUAACUAAAAAAUAAAUAACUAUGAUAUUAUUGUAUGAUUUGGUAUUUAGUGUGCGUUUGGAAUGCUUUAAAAGUUUUCCAGGUACUUUUUUCUCCCAAGAACUAGUUUUAUCGAGCAAUCAGCUGAUCUUUGGAUGGAGACAAGCAGCCACAGGGUCGCCAGUGAUUUCGUGGCUGAAAUUUGUAGCACUAGGAUAUCAGUAAAGCAGUAGUAGAGUGCUUCACGAGAAGAUGAUCAAAAUAACAAGCUAAGUUACAGCUGCGAGAAAAAUCCAAAGCUAGGACAACCACAGGUGCAAUAAAAUUUUUGAGUAAUGAAAGUAAAGGCUUGUCAAAGCAGAUUGUCUUCCUUAAAAAAAAGCACUCCUGAAGGGUGAUAGGGCAUAGCCCUUAGAUUAGUCUUAAAUUGAAAAGAGAACACGGGUUUUCUUAUUGCUUUCAAACUUGAGAAUAUGACAUCUCACAAUAGUUUUUAUGGCAGUAUAAAUGAAGUUAUUACACAUACAUCUAAGUACUAUACAGCAGAGUAUGGUAUAGUAUAAUAUAGUAUAGCAUGGUUUGGUACUGUUCACUAAAGUAUAGUAUAGGAGUGAAUGUGGUGUUAAGCUUAAUAGAAAGAAUAGAAAAGGGAUUUGGGAUGUUAACACUUUUUAAAAUUAUUCCAGCUCAAAAUGGGCCCACUUGUGGGAGCUGUGCAUCGCUGAGUAGGUAUGUAAAAUAAUAUUAUCCUUUUUUGAUACUAACCUGAGUAAGAUGCGUUGGUUCGGUGAUAUGAAAGCUCUGAUGCGUUGCACCGAGCAGUUGAAAAAGGACUGAAUAUCAAUUAGCUCUACAGAUCAUCUAGAAAGAGGUAAGGCCGGCAUGUUUUGAUUGCUGCAACUUUUGAUAGAUAUUUUUUUUUUUUUUUUCAGCAUGACUUCGUAACUCACUCCGAAUUACAUCAUAACUAAGUAGGGCAUCAGACACCUGAAAGGUAACAUAGAAACAUUUGUAAGAAUUAAUCUUGGUUAUGUACUAUCUGAAAUUUCCUGUUUAAAAAUUUAAGGCGGCUUCCCGACUCAUUGCUUUGAUGUCAAUGCUUAAUAACUUACAAGGCAACAUGUCAAAUAUUUCAAUCCUUAACCCUAAGCUAGAAUAUCAGUAGAGCAGGACUGGAGUGCUUCAUGAAAAGAUAGCCAUAACAACAAGCUGAGCUACAAUAGCGAGGAGAAUCCAAAGCUAGGACUUAACCACAGGUAUGUUAAAUGUCUCAGUAAAGGAAGAAUAGUAUAGUCUACCUUAGUUUAGUCUAGUAUAGUACUUAUGGUUGUUUCGAGUUUGCCAGAAUUAAUAAAAAAGAAGAGCGGGCUUUUUUUCGAUUUUAGAGCUCGAGACAUUUUAACUUUCUGCAACUCAAGAUAAGCUCAUUUCAGCGACUUUGCAUCACUUAGAAGGUAAGUAAAUUAUCAUAAGAAUUUGAUACUAACCUGUGUAAGGUGGGUUUGUUCACUGAUAGGAAAAUCCAUAGAGCAGUCAGGGUAGGAAAAUCAUAGAGCAGUUGGAAGAAAAAGUUAUGGUCGAUCAGCACUACAGGUCAUCUGAAAGAGGUAAAGUCGGCAUGUUUUGAUUGCAACAAGGUUUGUUUGAUCUUUCUUUUCCAUCAUGAUCUUGUGGCUCAAUUCGGAUCAGAGCAGGACUGGAGUGCUUCAUAAAAAGAUAGCCAUAACAACAAGCCGAUCUACAACAGCGCGGAGAAUCCAAAGCUAGGACAUAACUACAGGUAUGUUAGGUUUCUGAGCAAUGGAAGUAUAGUGUACUUUAGUCUGGUGGAGGAACUAACGUCGUCUCGAGUUUGCCAGAAUUAAUAUAAAAGAAGAGGGGGCCUUUUUUUUCGAUUUAAGAGCUUGAGACAUCUUAACUUUCUGCAGCUCAAGAUAAGCCCAUUUUAAGCGUCUCUGCAUCACUGUGAGGGUAUGUAGAGAAUUGUAACAGUGUGAUACUAACCUGUGUUAAAUGGGUUCGUUGGCUGAUAGGAGAACGCUGCUCCGUUGCAUAGAGCAGUUAGAGGACAAUGUUAUGGUCGAUCAGCACUACAGAUCAUCUGAAAGAGGUAAGGCCGGCAUGUUUUGAUUGCAACAAGUUUUCCUAGAUUUUUUCUUUUCAGCAUGACCUCGUGGCUCACUUCAGAUCACUUCAUAAACAAGUAGCACAUCGAGCGCCUCAUAGGUUAUACGUAAUCUUUUGUAAGAAUUAUUCUUUAUUCUAGACUAUCUGAAAUGUUUUGUUUAAAGAACUUUUUAGGUGGCUUCCUGAUUAGCUGGUUUGAUGACAACGUUUCACUACUCGCUAUGUUACGUGUUUAAUAUUUCAACACCUUUUUUUCUCUUAACAGUUUUCUGUUUUUGGUGUAGAAAAAGUAGUAUUUUUAAACAAGACCUAGUCAGCAGCCCGUCAGAAAGUUCACAAAUGACGAUUAAGUGUCAGUAUUCAGUUAUGGGACAAUUCAAGGACAGCUAAAACGAUACCCAUUGUUACAUAUUUCGUAUGCUCAAAACACGAAUUGUCUUGGGUAUUUGAAACUGAAACUGAAACUAGCUUCAUAAUAUAAUUUUAAUUUAGUUGAUCUUUUCUCAAAACAUCAGCAUAUUAUCAGUCUUUAGUAGCAGUCUAUUUGCAUGUAAGUCAAGCGUAGAUUAAUGUAUUGCCAUCAACUCCAUUGCAGUUUAAGCAAUCCAGAACAAUCCUUUUAAGUUACUUCCAGUGCUGUGCAAAGCUAUUCUGUGUCGUCUAGUCCAGUGGAGUACAUUCACCUGAAAUCCAGUACAGUCUUUAUCAGUUUCAUUUGGGAACGUGCAAUGCAGUUCUGUGCAGAUCAGUCUAGCGAGGUACAGUAAACUGACUGUCCUGUAUGGUACUUUCCAGUUCAAUCCAGGGUAGUGCAGUCUGGUGAGGUCAAGCUCAGGCUAAGACAGUCCAGGGAAGUGAAGCGCCGUCCAGUUCAGCCUUCUGAAGUACUCUCUGGCUAGGUCCAGUCCAUUCCACUCCGCUGACGUGCACUCCAGUCCAGUUUAUUCCGGUCCAGUCUAUCGAGUGGAGUUUGUGCCUGUUCAGUCGAGCCCCAUGCCAUCCAAUUCUGUUCCUUCCCGUCUAAUUCCUUUCAUUCCCUUCCAGCUAAGUACAUUUCAACCCAGCAUAACCCAGGUCCAUACAAGUCAACAGCAGUCGAGUCUAGUCCAGUCAAGUGCAUUGCAGAGCAGUGCAAUCCGUAACAGCUCAGCCCAGUCCUGUCCCGUCCAGUCUAGAACAACUAACUGCCGUGGAGUCUAGCACAACGCAGUCCUGCUCAGUCAAGUUAGGAACAAUAAGUAUUGCGGCCCGUAAAGUCAAGUGAAGUGCUAUUCCGAAAAGCCCAAAUUUAGGCCCAUACAAAUGUAUUUCAGUACAGUUUUGUCUUCAGUUGUCACACCAACACAAUCAGGAGCGUCUACUUACGGCAUUGUCGUAGACAGGUCUUUUAUAAUGAUACCUCAAUAAGAGUAUACCUGAUGACUAAAAAAUAAACAAGAAUAAUUGAUAGUCAAUAGAAGAUAAAAUAAAGUAAUAAAAUAUAUAUCUCAAUAACUGAUAACAUUAAUUAAUUCUUGAAGAACUAAAGAAAUGAUGAAUUAAUCGAGAACUGAAUAUAUAUGUAAAUAAAUUGAUAUAUAAAUAAGUUGAGAAAAAGUUACGUUGUUAAAAAAAUACAAUUCCAUCGUAUGGUCAAUAUAUUGACAAUCUUUCUGCAGAAUAUUAAAAUAUAGCACCACGUUGUCUAAAAGGUUUGUAAGCAUUUUCUGUCUCAUGACUCAACUUUUCCAAGACACCAGGUGACCUUCGGAAAGACACAAGCAAUCACAGGGUCGCUUGUGAUUCAUGGCUGAAUUUGCAACACUGAAAUAUCAGUAGAGCAGGACUGUAAUGGAUAAUCAUAACAACAAGCUGAGCUACAACAGCGACGACAAACUAAAGCUACGACAUAACCACAGGUACGUUUAAUUUCUGAGUAAUGGAUAAAAGGCUUAAGACAUUUUAACUUUAUGCAGCUCAAGAUAAACUCAUUUUCAGCAGCUUUCCAUCAAGGAGAAGGUAAGUAAACAAUUAUAACAAUAUCAUAGUAUCCUGUGUAUGAUGGGUUCGUUGGCUGAUAGAAAGACCCUGAUGCGUUGCAUAGAGCAGUUGGAGGAAAACGUUAUGGUCGAUCAGCAGCACAGGUCAUCUGAAAGAGGUAAGGCCGGCAUGUUUUGAUUUCAACAACUUUUGUAAGAUUUUUUUCUUUUCAGCAUAACCUCGUGGCUCAGUUAGGAUUAAAGCAGAACUGGAGUGCUUCAUAAGGAGAUAGCUACAACAGCGAGAAGAAUCCAAAGCUAGGACCUAGCCACGAGUACAUUUAAUUUCUGAGUAAUGGAUUAAAGGGGCUUUGCAUCACUGAGAAGGUAAAUAAAUAAUUGAAACAAUUUGAUACCAAUCAAUAUUAUCGGAUAGGUUCAUUAACUGAUAAGAAAACCCUGAUGCGUUGCAUAGAACAGUUGAAGGAAAAGGUUAUGGUCGAUCAGCACUACAGUCAUCUGAAAGAGGUAAGACAGGAAUGUUUUGAUUGCAACAAGUUUUGUUGGAUUCUUCCUUUUCAGCAUGACCUCACGGCUCACUUUGGAUCACGUCAUUAACAAGUAGUACAUCGAGCACUUCAUAGGUAAUAUGUAAUCAUUUGUAAGAAUUAUUCUUUCUUCUGGACUAUCUGAAAUUUCCUGUUUAAAAAACUUUUCACGUAGCUUCCUGAUUACCUUAAACACUUUUUUGUAUCUUAAAUCUUUUCUGUUUUCAGUGGAGAAAAACUAGUGUAUUUAAACAAGGCCCAAUCAGCAGCCCAUCAGAAAGGUUACGGAUGACGAUUAAGUGUAAUUAUUCAGUUAUGGGACAAUUCAAGGACACCUAACACGAUAUCCAUUGUUACAUAUUUCGUAUGCUCUAAACACGAAUCGUCUUAGAUAAUUAGAAUAGUUUUUAUGGCAAAAGAAGUGAAAUUAUUACUCGUGUCUAAGUACUAUAUAGUAGGAUAGAGCAGAGUAUAGUAUAGCAUAGUUUAGUAAUGUUCACUAUCGUAUAGUAUAGGAGUUAGUGUGGUCUGAAAUUUAAUAGAAAGAAUAGAAAAAAGAUUUGGAAGGUUAAAAUAUUUUUAAAUUAUUGCAGCUCAAGAUAAGCCCAUUUUCGGGAGCUGUGCAUCUCUGAGUUGGUAAGUGAAGAAAUAUUAUAUUAUGAUACUAACCUGAGUAAGAUGGGUUGCUUUGCUGAUAGAAAACCCUGAUGCGUUGAACUACGACGUUGGAUAAAAACUUAGUAUUUAUUAACUCUGCAGAUCAAUCUAAUAGGAGGUAAGACCGGCAUGUUUGAUUGCAACAAGUUUUGUUAGGCUCUUUUUUUUUUUAGCAUGGACUCGUAACUCACUCCGGAUUACAUCAUAACUAAGUAGGGCAUUGCACACUUUAAAGGUAACAUAGAAACAUUUGUAAGAGUUAAUCUUUGUUCUGGACUAUCUGAAAUUUUCUGUCUAUAGAAUUUGUGAGGUGGCUUCCCGUCUCAUUGCUUUGCUGUCAGUGUUCAAUAAUUUACAAGGUGACAGGUUUAAUAUUUCAAUCCUUUUUUAUAUUCUGAAAGUUUUCUUUUCAGAAAAGAAAAGCUAUCAAUGGGUAGUGCUUUUAAACAAAACCCAGUUAUCCAAUCAGCAGCCCAUGGGAAUGGUCACAGAUGACGAGUAAGUGUAAGUAUUAACUCAGGGGACAAUUCAAGGACAACUUGCAUGAUUUCCAUUGUUGCGUUUCAUAUGCUCGAAACGCAAAUUAUCUUAAAUAUGUGCGACUAGCACUAGCUUUAGAAAAUAUGAUUUAGUGGAUCUUUUCUAAAUCCUUAGUAUAUUAUCAGUCUUUCUUAGCAGUCUUUUAAAUUCAAGUUAAGUGCAGUACCAUUAACUCUAUUGCAAUUUGGGCAAUCCAGAACAAUCCUUUCAAGUUAAGUCCAGUGCUAUGCAAACUAUCCUGUAUGAUGAUUUCCAGUUCAGUCCAAGACAGUGCAGUGUAAUGCAGUCUGGUGAAGUCAAGCACAGUCUAUAGAAGUGAAGUGCAGUGCUGUCUGGUCCAUUCCAGUCAUGUGGCACUCACUAAAAUCCAGUCCCGUCCACUUAAGUGAAGUCCUAUACACGCAAGUAGAUUGCAGUGUAUUUCCAUCCGGAACAGCCUAAGUCCCUAAAUGCCAACUGAAACAGUCCAGUCCAUUCUAGUCCCACCCACUGAAGUACACUGCGGGGUAUAUCAAUCUGGAGUGCAAUGUCAAGAGCAAUGCAUUUCCGCUGAGUCAAGUGAAGUACAACCUACGAUAGUGCAGUGCCGUCCAUUAGAGUAAACUGCCAUUCAGAAAAGGCCACAUGCAUGUCGAAUUCAGUACAGUUCAGUGCAGUCCAGUUUAGUGCAGUCCAGUUCAGUGUAGUCCAGUUCAGUGCAGUCCAGUCCAGUCACAUCAGCCCAAUGAAGUGUCUACAAAUUCUGUGGGAGGGGGGGAGGUUUUCUAAAUGAUAGCUUAAUAAAAGUAUACCGAAUAACUUGAAAUACGCGAAUAAACUUGAUGAAUAAAAAAAAGAAUUAAAGAAAUCAAAUAAAUCGUAAUUACUACUAAAAGUGACCAGUUCUCAGCUUAAUUCCUUAGAAGAUAAGGAAAUGAUGAGUAAGUAGGAAGAUGAAAAAAAUUUGUAAAUAAAUUAAUAAAUAAAUAAAAAAUAAUAUGCCUAUGACAUUAUUGUAUGAUUUAUGUAUUUAUGAUUUUUAAUGCACAAUAUUAAAAGCGGUUGGAAUGCUUUAAAAGUUUUCUAAGUAUUUUUUUCUCCCAAGACCUAGUUUUAUCGAGCAAUCAGCUUAUCUUUGGAUGGACACAAGCAACCACAGGGUCGCCCGUGAUUUCGUGGCUGAAAUUUGUAGCACAAGGAUAUCAGGGGAGUAGUAUUGGAGUGCGAUGAGCACUACAGGUCAUCUGAAAGAGGUAAAGCCGGCAGGUUUUCACUACAACGAGGUUUGUUUGAUCUUUCAUUCCAUUAUGAUCUUGUGGCUCAGUUCGGAUCAGAGCAAGAAUGGAGUGCUUCAUAAAAAGAUAGCCAUAACAACAAGCCGAUCCACAACAGCGUGAAGAAUCCAAAGCUAGGACAUAACUACGGGUAUGUUAGGUUUCUGAGUAAUGGAAGUAUAGUAUGCUUUAGUUUAGUCUAGUGGAGGAGCUAACGUCGUCUCGAGUUUGCCAGAGUUAGUACAAAAGAAAAGCAGGCCUUUUUUUUCGAUUUAAGCGCUUAAGACAUUUUAACUUUCUGCAGCUCAAGAUAAGCCCAUUUUUUUAGCGGCUUUGCAUCACUGAGAAGGCAAAUAGAGAAUUGUAACAAUGUGAUACUAACCUGUGUAAGAUGGGGUCGUUGGCUGGUGGGAGAGCCCUGAUCCGUUGCACAAAGCAGUUAAAGGACAAUGUCAUGGUCGAUCAGCACUACAGGUCAUCUGAAAGAGGCAAGGCCGGCAUGUUUUGAUUGCAACAAGUUUUCCUAGAUUUUUCUUUUCAGCAUGACCUCGUGGCUCACUUCGGAUCACGUCACAAACAAGAAGCACAUUGAGCGCUUCAUAGGUAAUAUGUUAUCAUUUGUAAGAAUUAUUCUUUCUUCUAGACUAUCUCAAUUUUUCUGUUUAAAGAACUUUUUGGGUGGCUUCCUGAUUAAUUGGUUUGAUGACAACGUUUCACUACUCACUAUGUGACUUUUUUAAUAUUUCAACACCUUUUUUUUCCCUCGACAGUUUCCUGUUUUUAUUGGAGAAAAAUUAGUAUUUUUAAAUAAGGCCCAGUCAGCAGCCCGUCAGAAAGGUCACAUAUGACUAUUAAGGGUAAGUAUUCAGUUAUGGGACAAUUCAAGGACAACUAACACGAUACCCAUUGUUAAAUAUUUCGUAUGCUCGAAACACGAAUUGUCUUGAAUAACUGAAACUAACUUCAUAAUAUAAUUUUUAUUCAGUUGAUCUUUUAGUAGCCUAUUUGCAUAUAAGUCAAGUGUAGAUUAAUGUAUUGCCAUCAACUACAUUCAGUUUCGGCAAUCCAGAACCAUCCUUUUAAGGUACUCCCAUUGCUGUGCAAAGCUAUCCUGUGUGGUCUAGUCCAGUGGAGUACAUUCACGUGAAGUGCAGUACAGUACAGUCUUUAUCAGUUUCAUUUGGAAACGUGCAAUGCAGUUCAGUGCAGAUCAGUCUAGCGAGGUGCAGU